AUAGACGAGGCACCUCAAGAGAUUCGUGCACGAGGACGUUUGGCUUUAAGGGCCUACAAAAAGGCCCUAUCAGAGGGGAGGACAUAUAUCAAACGCGUGCCAAUCAUGUUAAUUGGACAGGACCGCUCCGGAAAAACCAGCUUGGCGAAAUCUCUCAAAGGAGAGCGAUUCAACCCAGAGGAGGAUAGUACCAUAGGCAUAGACAUUGAUCCUUCUCAUUUCAAAGUGUCAACUGAGAUUUGGAAACCAGGAGAGAAAGACGAACAACGAAAUGUUGAGAGGGCAUGUUCUUAUGAGCAUCAUGCAGCGCGGUUGAUCGUCCAAAAUUUGAGUCAGGAAAAAAGUACUCCCAAAGAAGAGAGUCUAGAAUCUGAUAAGGUUGAACACCUUGUGCCGGUGGAAUCAGUCGAGAUAAGCAUGAGCGAGGAUAUCGUUUCAGCAUCAUGUGCACGAGAUGAGAAUAUGGUAGAUAGCUGUUUACAAUCUGAAGAGGACUUAUAUCCCAUACCCGCAGCUUCAGUAGCAUCUGAUACAUCCAACCAUGACUCUGUCUCCAACUGUGAAUCUGAGGAAUCACUUGUGGGUUCGGAUUUCAUCUCUAUGUCGCAAGAUCAAACAAUCAGCGAUCAAAGCCCUGCUGACGAUAUCCAAACUGUGCCAUAUGAUGUUGCACGUUUAGUUGAGGUUUUCUUGCGCGAAGAUAAGGACUUAGAACGCGAAGAGGAUAUAUACUCCGUUUUGUGGGAUUUUGGCGGACAGACAGUUUAUUAUACUACCCACCCACUCUUCCUUACGUCGAGAGCAAUAUACCUUUUGGUGAAUGAUCUCAGCCGGCAUCUGCACGAUGAAGCCAAAUCAGUUAUGAAACAAGGAAUGUUCACGAAAUUACAGGACAGCUUUCGUUUGAAAACGAAUGCCGAUUAUCUUGAUUUUUGGAUGUCAUCUGUUGCAUCUCUCGCCAUUCAGGACGAAAGUAAUUCUAAAAAGACGAAAUCUGACUUGUUGCCUGAACUUCCACCGGUGUUUUUAGUGUGCACUCACGCUGACAAACCUUGUGAUGGAGGAGAUCCUCGUGAGCUGGGCCGGAUGGUAUUUGGUCACCUACAGACCAAACCCUACAAGACGCACCUACAUGAUGUCUUUAUUGUGGAUAAUACCAAGUCUGGCCAUGAAUUGGAAUGUCCAGAUGUCUUGCGCUUGCGCCAUGAAAUACGUGCCGUCGCCAAGGAGCUACCCCACAUGAAAGAAGCAGUUCCAAUCAAGUGGCUUAAGUUUGAAAAAGAAAUGCAAGCCAAGAAAGAUGAGGGUAACAAGUGGAUUUCCCUCAAAGAGACAAAAGAAGUUGCUUGGGAGGUGUGUAACGUCUCUGAUGAAGAAGAAUUUAGAACUUUACUAAAUUUUUUGCAUGAUCAAAGAGUUUUAAUACACUUUGAUGACACUCCAGAGCUGAGUAAAAUGGUGGUCUUAGACACUCAGUGGUUGAUCAAUGUUUUCAAGGAGGUUAUUACCAUUCGGCCAUUUGACAGCAAGGAGAAAAAAUUUAAAGAGCUCUGGUUUAGGCUUGAAAAAGAAGGAGUCUUGGAGGAACCUCUUUUAGAACAUGUUUGGGGUCCUUUAUAUCGCAAAGAGGACACCUGCCAAAAUCUCAUUGCUAUCAUGGAGAAGUUCAGUUUACUUUGCUCUUGGCCCUCUUCGGGUGGCUCAUGUGGUAAGCAGUACCUAGUGCCUUCUAUGUUAAUGUCACACCCACCAGAAGAAAUAAUGGAGCUGAUUGCAUCUGCAGAAAUUCCUUCUCUUUUUUUUAAAUUUGAGACUGGACAAGUUCCACCUGGCCUGUUUCCCCGAUUAGUGCUGCAAUUUUUACAAUGGUGCAAACAAGAAUGUGCCAGCCCAGAGCACCCUCAGCUAUACCACAAUUUUGUCAGAAUUUACCGUUCUGAAGAGGUAAAUUGCUCCGUAAUCCUUCUUUGCCAUAUGUCAUCAAUUGAAGUCGUUGUCCAUAGAGGCAAUGACGGUCACGAGGUGGCCCACUCUUCUAAGUCUGCGAGUGGUUCACUUGUAAAUAAUAACCAUGACACCUUUGCUUGUGCAGUACUGAGGCAACUCGAAUUGAUGCUUGAGUCCAUGCGAAGGGAAUUCUGUUGGCUACAGAAUAUGAAAUAUGAAGUGAGUUUCUUGUGCCCUGUUUGUUGUCACGAAGGUGCCGUCAGCUACUGCCGCACACAUCGUACAAAAGACUGCAAGCAAGAAGAAUGCUUGCACUUCUGGCCCGAGUCAGAGUUGUGCAGGGAAAAGAAGAUCAUAGGUUGCACCAGAUCUGCAGUUGCUAAGAUGAACAGAGUGUUGGUGAAAGACUUCGAGCCUUGGUUUUCUCCUAUGAGAAAUCAGCUGACUGUUGAUAAAUGUGAUGGUAGAAACUUAGCGUCAGUUGAAGACGAUGAGGAAACCUUUUCUGCUGACGAGGUUCUACAAACCCGUUUCACACAGCAGCGAGACGACCAAACUAUUUCGCCGCAACUAAAGGGGAGUCUGCUGCUGGAGGGAGCCUGUCCUGAUACGCCGGCCUUAGAUCCCAAAAGUGGUAAAAUACUGCCUAAUCUGGGGAAAACUACUGCAACCACCGAAAUUUGCCUACCUGAUGAUGUUGAACAAUCCCUCCUGUCAGCGACGUGCGAUGCCAAAGAGAUUGUUCAUCAACUGGAGGAGAACCUGCCACUAAACAAAGACGUUCUUGAGUGGCCAGACAAUGACACCAAGAAAAUAAUCCGUGGUCUGGCUCAGAAAGCAAAAGAUUUAAAGAGGCUUGAUGUCUUCGAACAUUUAAGGGAGAUUACACCGGCUGGAACUACUGGUCCUUUAUUGCCAGAAAACCUUCCUGUUCAACACAUGCCAAUCACUAAAGCAAGGGAUCUUUCAAUCCGCUUAGCUGGUAAGCUUUGC